AUGGAUGAAUACACCCCGGACGCCCUGGUGAACCGUGACGAUCCUGUCCCCAUGAUAGACAUCAAGAAGCCGAGGCGCCAGAGGAGCGGCUCUACAGACAGUGCGCAUUCGCGAUCAUCGACGCAGUCGAAAAGCUCUAUCCAAGAUAGAUUGUUCUCCAAACUUCUACAGCAAGUCAUUCCCGCCGACGACGAAGAUGAAGCCAACUCCGGGGACGCCUUUGUGGCAUCCCCCAAGCGGCCACCCUUUAGUCUACCAACUAUGUCUAACAAUUUCCGCCGUUUUAAUGCAAGAAUUGGCGUAGUGUUUCUCUUUCAGACUCGAGCUGAACGUCUGCUAAGCUGGGAAACACCAACCCAUACCAUCUCUUUUCUAUUUGUCUAUUCCUUUAUCUGCUUGGAUCCGCACCUGGUUCUGAUUCUACCCUUGGUGAUUCUCCUCCUGUUCAUCAUGGUGCCGGCGUUUAUAACUCGCCACCCUCCACCACCUUCUACAUCUACGUCUAGUAUCGUUCCAUACUACUCCUAUGAAGGACCGGCACUGGCACCGGCAAAAACGAUCAAGCCGGCCUCGGAGACCUCGAAGGAUUUCUUCCGCAAUAUGCGAGAUCUCCAGAAUGUCAUGGCAGACUUUUCAGAUGCUCAUGAUGCGAUCAUAUCAGUGGUUGCUCCGCUAACGAAUUUCUCCAACGAGAAGCUAUCCUCGACUAUCUUCCUCGGCGGUACAGUGGCCACAGCGGUGCUAUUCCUCAUGGCGCAUCUUUUGCCUUUAAAGUUGAUCAUGCUCGCAGGCGGAAAUGCGGCCGUUCUGUCCAUUAAUCCCAAAGUGCAGAGCUUUGUCAAGGGCUUACUGGAAGAUGUAGGUGGUGGAUUAUCAGACCUGGACUCCGAUGAUGAUGAGACCCACGGUGGAUUUGGCGCCGCGAUUCCCAAGGACCCGUCCGUAGCAAUGUCUGCACUGGAACAGUUGGCAGAAAUCUCACUUGACACCGACCCUGAAGAGCGUGAAGUUGAAAUCUAUGAGCUCCAGCAUCGGGCACCAGGGACGUCAGAGUCUGGAUGGGAGAAUUUCCUCUUCAGCCCUCAACCAUAUGACCCUUUGUCGCCCUCACGCAUUGCCGGAGACCGGCCUCGGGGAUGCCGGUUCUUUGAUGACGUCCAGGCUCCGUCUGGUUGGAGAUGGAAGAGCAAGAAGUGGGAGCUUGAUUUGGACUGUCGUGAGUGGGUCGUCGAGCGUAUGAUCACAGGUGUUGGGUUCGAGCUCCCCGGGGUCACCCCGGAGGGCAACGCCAUCAUUGACCAAGUUGGUGGUUGGGUGUGGGAUCUGCCCUCUGAGCCAACCACUGCGCCUGGAGAAGAGGACGAUGAAGUAACUCCUACGGCGUACGGUGAUCUGGACGUGUCGACCCCCUCAUCCAAAUCAAAGGUUGCUUCGCCGGCAAAGGGCAAACAUCGGGCGAAGUCAUCUGGAGACUGGGAGGAAACAUCACCUGCUGCGUAUGAAGUAGGAGAGUGGCGACGUCGUCGGUGGGUGCGAAUCGUGCAGCGAAAGAAUCUCCCACCAGCUGGAUCUGUCACUGUCACGUAUUCAACGCUUGGCCAUAAUUGA